AUGUCAAUUUGCUCCAAAAACCAGUUUUGGGAUGCUGCAAUGGCUAGAAGAAGCCUAAUGGUGGUGAGUUUGGCAACUGGUGAGUUUGUCACGCGUGCGAGAGGGCGCGUGGGAGGUUUUCUGGAGAUGCGGCCGAUGCCGUUGAGAUCGCGCUGCCGAGACGAGCACGCCGGUAUGUGGUUUGCCGGAAAACUCCACCGGACGGUGGUGGAUGACGAAGUCAGAGCUUUUUUCUCCUUUCUCCUCAUAACCCUUGUAAUACAAAAAACAGUAAAGAACCCCAAGAAAAGUGACUCAACUUAUAACAUACCCCCAGGGCCCAGAAAGCUACCUAUUAUUGGUAAUAUACACAACUUGGUAGGCUCACAUCCCCAUCGAAAAUUAAGAGACUUGGCCAGAAAAUAUGGACCCUUGAUGCAUCUUCAACUUGGUGAGGUUUCUACUUUUGUCAUUUCAUCCCCCGAGUGUGCUAAGGAGAUGAUGAAAACCCAUGAUAUUAACUUUGCAACAAGGCCUCAAAUGCUAGCUACAGAAAUAUUGUCUUAUAAUUCCACAGAUAUAAUUUUUGCUCCUUAUGGUAAUUAUUGGAGACAGCUAAGAAAAAUUUGCACAUUGGAGCUCUUAAGCCUAAAACGAGUGAACUCAUUCCAGCCAAUUAGAGAAGAAGAGCUCUCCAAUCUUGUCAAAAGGAUUGCUUCAGAGAAAGGAUCGCCCAUCAACCUCACUCAAGCGGUACUUUCUUCGAUAUAUACAAUCACUUCAAGGGCUGCCUUUGGCAGGAAAUGCAAAGAACAAGAAAAAUUCAUAUCAGUGUCAAAAGAUUUAAUAAAGGUUGCGGGAGGUUUUAACAUUGGAGAUUUGUUUCCUUCUAUUACAUGGCUGCAAUUUAUCUCUGGUUUGAGGCCUAAGCUUGAGAGGUUGCAAAGACAAAAUGAGCAGAUAGUGGGAAACAUCAUCAAUGAGCAUAAAGAAGCAAAGUCAAAAGCCAAAGGUGACCAAGUUGAAGCAGAGGAAAAUCUGGUAGAUGUUCUCAUGAAAUAUGAGGAAGGAAGCAACCAGGAUUUUUUCUUAACUGAAAACAAUAUCAAGGCCAUUAUCCAGGACAUGUUUGGUGCUGGAGGUGAGACAUCAGCAACAACUAUAGAUUGGACAAUGGCAGAAAUGGUAAGGAAUCCAAGAGUAAUGAAGAAAGCACAAGCUGAGGUGAGAGAGACAUUCAAUAUAAAAAGAACGGUUGAUGAAAAUUGCAUCAAUGAACUCAAAUAUUUGAAAUCAGUUGUCAAAGAGACACUGAGGUUACACCCUCCAGGUGUUUUGCUGCCAAGAGAAUGUCGUGAAGCAUGUGAGAUAAAUGGGUAUCACAUACCAGCCAAAAGUAAAGUCACACUGAAUCUUUGGGCAAUUGGAAGAGAUCCAAAGUACUGGAUUGAGCCAGAGAGGUUUUAUCCAGAGAGAUUCAUUGAUAGCACUAUUGACUACAAAGGGAAUAAUUUUGAGUACCUUCCCUUUGGUGCUGGAAGAAGAAUAUGUCCAGGAAGCACGUUUGGUUUGAGAAGUGUUGAGAUGGCUCUUGCAAUGUUGCUGUACCACUUUGAUUGGAAGGUUCCCAAUGGAAUGAAAUGUGAAGAAUUGGACAUGAGUGAGGACUUUGGAAUAACGGUUAGAAGAAAAGAUGAUCUAAUCUUGUUUCCUUUUGUUUAUCAUCCUUUGUCUGCCACAUGA